GCGUUUCCAUCUCUGGCCACUAAGAGGCGCUGUCACACUCAGGAAUCAUCGGCUAUCCGCGCUCCGUCACUGGACUGUACAGUGUCCUUCGUCCGCGAACAGAAAAUAGUAAUAUUUAGAUAGCUGCUGUUUAUUAUACUCGAUAAAUAUGUCUACUACGACCGGUGGUGGAGAGUUUGGCAACCCUCUGCGGAAAUUUAAGCUGGUUUUCUUGGGCGAACAAAGCGUGGGCAAAACUUCACUUAUCACCAGGUUUAUGUAUGACAGCUUCGAUAAUACCUAUCAGGCAACUAUUGGUAUAGACUUUCUGUCAAAAACCAUGUACUUGGAAGACCGCACGGUUCGGCUCCAGCUAUGGGACACUGCAGGGCAGGAGCGCUUCCGCAGCCUCAUUCCCAGCUACAUCCGAGACUCCACUAUUGCUGUGGUGGUAUAUGACAUCACCAAUCUCAACUCCUUCCAGCAAACCUCAAAGUGGAUAGAUGAUGUCAGAACAGAGAGAGGAAGUGAUGUCAUCAUCAUGUUGGUUGGCAACAAGACAGACUUGGCUGAUAAAAGACAGAUUACCACAGAGGAGGGCGAGCAGAGGGCUAAGGAACUGAAUGUCAUGUUCAUUGAAACCAGCGCAAAGACUGGCUACAAUGUCAAACAGCUGUUUCGUCGUGUUGCUGCAGCUUUGCCUGGAAUGGAUAGUACACCAGAGAAAAGCAAAGAGGACAUGAUCGACAUCAAACUGGAGAAGCCUCCGGAGCUGCCCGUUACCGAGAGCAGCUGCUCGUGCUAGUAACCACCCUCGUCCCCUACCAGGCCCUGCGUCCCCCUCACUCGACCCCCUCACACACAAACAGCUUGCCUCUCAGUGGUCACUCGCUCCUCUCACGGCCCCGUGUCAUGAGCGGAGAACCUUUUCUUUCUCUUCGACUCAGUGACUUUUCAGAGUAACCUUGUGGAUGUGCUAUUACUCUGUAUUAAAAUGGAUUCCAAAAAUACAUUAUAUUAAUAAUGAAAAAAGUAAAAUUACAGCAUAGAUUAAAUGCUAAAACCAUUCAGAUUCUCAUCUGUUCUGGCUGCAUGGCAUUAUAUGGGAUUGCAGACUGACAAAAGCUCAUAUGCUCUUAAGUUUUCACACAUCAGUGCCAUCAUAGUCGUUGUGAAGUUUCAGAGCUGGCUGAUGUCAUGAUUUUAAGCCUUUUUUGCCUUCUUUUUUAAUUUCACUGGAGGAAGAACUUGACAUUAUUGAACUGAGAGGCUGUUACUGAUUCAUAUGAUUUUUAUUUUAUUUUUUUUACAUGAACAUUACACUAUUUUGUUUGUGUUUUUGGCAGAAGUUAUUUAAAAGAAAGAUACAGAAGGUCUCUUCGAUUUUGAAAUUAUUGUCGUGAAAUAUCACCAUGAACACAAUAUUCUAUAUAAUUGGAUGUUUUCAUGUUUAAAUAUGGUAUUAGGGACCAGAUAUCAUUUAAAGGUUGUUUUGUUUCAGGAAAUAUACAUGUACGGCCAAAAAAAAUUAAAAGUCUCAUUCUGGCCAGGCUAAUUUUAUACUGGAAUCUUUGGAGGGUUGCAUGGAAGUAGAAUGUAACAUUCUUAGAAAAGGGAAAAUUCCUAUUUAAUUUCGUUAAAAUUCAAAACCUAAGAUAUUUAAUGACUUAUCCACGACCGUAGUCACAAAACCUAACGUUAAUUGUAAAAACGUGUAUGUACUAACGAAACUAUCGUAACACGUCGCUCUGAGCUUGGAUAUGGAAAGCAUCAGUAAUUCACACUAAUUCUGCUCAUUUUCUGCCUUGUUUUUGCUGCGCAAGUGUAGGAACAGCAUGCAGUUUAGAGACCGUUUAACACAAAAUGCCUUGCUUGUUUUGUUGUCAUGGUGCACCAAAUCAGGCCACAACGCUGUGGUUUGCUCGAGCCUAUUAACUGCAUAGAGCUAAUGAGGUUUUGUUAAACAGGACAUUUAGAUUUCUUCCUUCAACACGGCUAUUGCUUAGUGUACAGACACGUCUUGGUAUUGCUCGUCGUAAGACUGUUGGUUUCAUGUGUUUAUUUAUUAUCUCACUAGUUAGUGAUACAUUGUGUUGUAUGCUUGACGGGAAUGGCAGUUCGCAAUGUGUGGGAAUCAAAGUUUGAUGUAUAAUUUGCAUUUCUGCCUGGCUACUGUAUCACAAAGACCUAGUCGUGUCACUAUCGUGCCACUAUUAAAGACUUUCACGCCCCAUCUGUAAUGCUGGGUUUCAACAGUAUAGCUUGAAUGGGCUUUUAUUUGCUGGAGAGGUAUCACCGAAUCCCCCAGCACUGUCGCUUUUCCUCUCAUUCAACUGUAAACCGACAAAUCCUUUCAUCAGACUUAAAAAGGGCAUCAAGUGUGUUUUAAACAUUAACAUUUAAUAUGGUUUGAUAUGUAGGAAUCAAAAUAAAACCCUCCUGAACAGCUCUAUCACGUGUCACUGACUGAAUACUCAGUUGUGUGCUAUUCUGAAGUGUGUUGGUCUGUUUGAAAUACGCUGUCUACUAGUGUUUAGCAAAGUUUGUGUGACAAAGUACUAUUAUUAUAUGCUGUAAAAAAUGGAAGGUUAAAGAGACACCAAAAUGUAUCACAUGAAUAAAAGAUAUUUCACCAGA